ACCGUCACGUUCCUGUGAUGUCAGUGAUGUCAGAUGUGAAGUAUGGUGUAUAAGGUGUAAAGUAUUGUAUAAUGUGUAUAAAAUGAAUCCAAUACAGACAUUGGUCCAAAGUGCCAAUAGAUGAGAAAUCAGCUAAAAUGUUUUCGAUGUAAUACUUUAGGUUAAAAAAAGACGGAAGUAGGCUUUUAUUCUCAGUUUAAUGACUUUAGCGUAAAUUAUGCGGAAACAGUAUAACUCAGUGGAGCGAGGGAUGUGAUUACAAAUGAGUUAGUUCCUGCAUCAUCCUGUGUUUUUUUUUUUAGUAAAAAAUGUCUACUGCGUGAUGAUAAGCGCAUUCAAUACCUAUCCCUUUAAAUCCUUUCCUCAAAGAUUUUUUUUGUCAAUUGAAAUUUAAGAACGUGUUUAAGGAGUAUACAGAACACACCAGCCUAAGUCUGGAAAAAAGACUAUAGAAGGAGUACAAUGCUAAUGAGAGUUUAAAUUGUUAUUUCUUUAGAGAAGAUGACAUAUAGAGGUAAAGAUUAUGUACCCUUUGGUAAACGAUAUUUUGUAUUUUAUAUUGUAUCGGGUUUUGAGAUGAUCAAGGGACUAUAGCGUAUAAGUAUUAAGGUCGCUUUCUUGUUUCCUUUUGCUGCGCGCUUCUGAAAUAUGUUCGUCAGUAGCCUCUUGGCUACGGUGCAAGAAACACUUUAGAUUACAAGUGUUAAUGAAAGAUGUGCCGCUUUAGAUCAUCUUUAAGCGCUAUUCAGUUGGCAAGAACUUCCGUUGUAUGAUAAUCUUAAGAUAUUCUUACUCUCUAUCAAAUCUCUGAUCAGAGUUUGAGUCCCGUGACAACUCUUGUAAUCACCGGAAUUCAUAAGGACGUGCGUAUUAAACUUGCUCCUCUUGAGGGCUGACUUCAGUUCCAUCGCUAAAAUCACUGCGAGUACAGCACAGCGUUCGCAAUCGACUUAAAGACAAACAUGGCUUCUAACUGCCUUGUUGGACUUGUUACGAUGCUUGUGUGCGCUCAAUGCAUCGGUGCAUUGACUGUUCGGGAUUACGGCAGCUUUCAAGUGUCCAUGCUUCGUCACGGAGAGAUCUACGCCACAGACCGAGCUUGCUACGCUUGGGAAGACGUGACGCCUUGGUACCAUGGCAUGACGCACAUCCGGGGACCUAAUGACAAGCAGGGGGAUAUACGCAUGCGGGUGGAUCGCCCGGUCAAGAUCUUUCUCGCUAUAGAUUCAAGAUACCCACAGAACGGUCCACCAAAUGAUCAAUAUAAGCGAACCCCCGAUUCCGUCGUCUUGGGUGGCUGUCACGCUCGCACCCUUUUCUAUAUCUACGAGAGUAUAGUGACGCACGGCCCUGGUCACGUGAUUAUCAACGCUUUCUCUGACAACAUGGCGGGAAUCUUCCUACGCGACGCGCGCCUCAUAAGCCCCGCCGCGAGACUCCAUGUGACGUCACUUCCGGCUGGAUGGGAGCUCGGAAUGAUGCGAGACGGAGAGAAGUACGCUACUAACCGUGCGUCGUACGCGAUGACUGACGUUGCACCCAAGUUCUACGGGACGUUACACUUAAGGGGCCCAAACGACAAGACGUCCCCGAUGACGUUCAACAUAAACGUCCCAGCUACCCUCUACGUUGCCAUAGAUACUCGAUAUCCGAAUCCGCUGGACAUGAGUUUUGUGGCGACUGGUGAGAAGUUGGUGCUCGCGGGCUCGCACCCCCGUACGGACUUCGCGGUUUACGAGAAGUCUCUACCACCUGGGAAUGUGGUUAUUAGUCUGAGUGCGACUAGGAUGCUGGCUGUGAUGCUGAAACCCCAGAUUGACAACACAUUCAAGGCUGGGGUGUACUAGACGCCGAGUUCGCCUUAUUUUACUUUGCUACCUUGGAUAAACAAUAUAAAUGCAUAGUGCAGCCAUGUUAUAUUUACAUAGCGCUAACUAGAGCCUCGAAAGCGAGCACAUUCGCGUGUUUGGAAACUAAAUUGGUUCUUGCUUGGAUAAUGGUCAGGCGCGUACCCAGGAUUGGCUGAGGGGGGUGCGCAGUCAUAGUUAACAUAUGAAAGAAGUAUUAGUAAAGAUCCGUUAAUAAGAAAUGACCGCCUUUUGGCAGCCAAGGGGGGGGGGGGGGGGUGCGCGCGCACCCUGCGCACCUGUGUACGCGCCUGGUGGUUAUCAGCAAUCUAUUUAGGUACGUUUACCGGUUCUUAUUUCUGUCCCAAAUAUCCAGCAAGAUUAUAGGUAACUCCUCUCAUUUGUAGUCAACCACUACCCCUUCCUCGUCAGCAAACACUACCCUUGUUUGCCGAAUCUCUCCAUUCCUCCCUGUCCUCGGUUCUCUAGGCUUUUAUUUAUAGGGCGUAUAAUGGCAAAUGACGUCCAUUGAACUUACACCGGAAAUUUAUAAAUGUAGCUAUUAUAAUGUCAAUAUAUGCCCAAAAGGUCUUGAGAGAAUGAAAUUUAUAUGCGUCGUUUUUAAAUUUCAUCGUGCACGAAUAGAAAGUAGAAAAGUCAAGCACACUUUAUGGAAAAGGAGUCUCAAAUGGGGAAAUGAACGGAUAAAAAUGUAUUAGCUGAUGUGUUAGGCCUUAAUGGUACACCUCAUUAUUCUGCCCUUAUUAUAAGGAUAUAUGCAAGGUAUAGGUAUUUGUUUAUAUACCCAUAAAAUAAACACAUCAAGCGCGAAAUAAACUUGUUAGAUGUGUCA